AUGAUGGAAAGGUUCGAUGGAUUCGAAUACAGUACGAAGGAUGUGAUUGGACAUGGAGCGUUUGCAAUCGUCUAUAAGGGAAAAUACUCUGAUAGACCCGACGUUCCAGUCGCAAUCAAAGCGAUUGCAAAGAAGAACAUAGGGAAAUCGAAAAACUUGCUUACAAAAGAGAUAAAAAUCUUGAAGACGUUAAGCGGCUUGCAGCACACAAAUCUCGUAGCAUUGCUGAAAUGUACGGAAACACAAACACAUGUAUACUUGGUGAUGGAAUACUGCAAUGGAGGAGAUCUUGCUGAUUAUCUCAGCCAAAAGACCACGCUGCAAGAAGACACCAUUCAUCAUUUUGUUGUACAAAUUGCACGAGCACUAGAAGCCAUAAAUAAGGAAGGCAUUGUUCAUCGUGAUCUCAAACCGCAGAAUAUUUUGCUUUGUAACCCUACUCGUCAUUCAAAUCCGCCAGCAAGUGAACUUAUAAUCAAAUUAGCUGAUUUUGGCUUUGCACGUUUUCUAUCUGAAGGAGUGAUGGCUGCAACAUUAUGCGGCUCACCGAUGUAUAUGGCUCCUGAGGUUAUCAUGUCACUACAGUAUGACGCAAAAGCAGACCUAUGGUCAAUUGGGACAAUUCUCUUCCAAUGUUUAACCGGAAAAGCGCCAUUCCAGGCUCAGAAUCCCCCACAGCUGAAAGCUUACUAUGAAAAGAACAGGGAUUUGCGACCGAAUAUUCCGGAUUAUUGCUCCGCACCGUUGCGAGAUCUGCUUCUACGUUUAUUGAAGAGAAAUGCUAAAGAUCGUAUAACAUUUGAAGAAUUCUUCAACCAUCCAUUCCUGCAUCAACCGCCCAUUGCAAGUCCAUCGAAACGAAUCCUUGAUGCUGCAUCACCAAUGGUUGUGCGACGUGUCAUUCCACCUCCCUCAUCGUCAGCGUCACCAUUAUCGGCUCGAGGAUCUGGCUCACGCCUGGAAAGUCCACAACCAACACGACGAACAAUCAAGGUGCCAGAGUCUCCAGUUGUACGUCGAGCGGCAAGUCAAGCAAUGCACGACAGCAACGACUUCACAUUUCUUCCACCACUUUCUGGGCAUCAACAACCGUCGUCAGCUGGACGACAUGAACAUAGUCCGGUUAAACAGGUUCAAGUGCAUACAUCAUCGUCACAGAUGCCAACUGCACCAGUAAAAGCCGUCCCUGUACCCAGUCAGCGAAAUGCGUUCACUAAAAUUGAGGAACGACGGCUUGGAAAUAGAGACGGCGAAAAUGAGCCGUGCUCUGCAAUUCCUUCGCCGUCGGUGCGAGCAAUUUCAGCGUUAAAACGGCCUACUGUAGGGCAGGGUGCGGCGGAAACGACGUCUGUUCCUACAGUGGAGAACAUGACAUUGCCGUCAACACAGUUCAUUGUACGAGGAACUGCUGGACGACGAUCACUGGCUGAAAAAAAUCGCCAACGAAAACUCACAGAAGAAUCCUCUCCUGCUGCGUUACCGGAGAAAGUUCCAGAAUGUCACAGUGAGCCAAAACUCGAGCCACAAACGGUAGAACCAGCACCUCAUGUAGGUUUGGAGGCAGAGAGUGCUCCAUCACUGGAUAACGCAAAGUUUCUGUCGACGUCACCGCCUGAGACACGUGUUAGCCCGCCUGUUCCUGCUCAGCUAGACAUCAGUGAUGAUGAGGAUGACACUAUGCAUCAAUCCUUAAAAUUGCCGUUUGGAAGUGCUGGACGGGCAGACUCAUUGAAAUCUGAGGCAAUGGAAAGCUGUUUAUCCGGAGAAGAAGGCAGUGAAUUGUCGAUGGAUGUGGCUGAUCCGUGCGAUUCAUUAUCGUCACCGCAUGCUGCGUCAGCGUCAAAAGUCCCGGCAUUACUCGGAAGUCUACCACGUACACCAGCACUGUUCGGACGACGAGAAGAUGAUGAAGAUGAUGCCGACGAAUCAUCACCAAGAGCCCUCGAACAAGAGACGGUUAUGGAAGAAGAGCACAAGCAGAUUUUGGCGAAGUUGAGAUUUGUUGUGGAGCUGGUAGAUACUCUUGUUCAAGUAGCGGAACAAAAGGAAAAUCCUCUUGUGGCAGCUAUGAGUAAUAGAAAGACGGAACCGUCAUCGGCAUUCCGGCGAGCAGAACAACUGGUCGUCUACGUGCGAGCAUUACAUAUGCUGUCGUCAGCGUUGCUCUUAGCACAGCGGAAUGUUGCUAGUCGAGUACUGCAUCCAUCACCGGCUGUCCAGAAUGUUCUCAAUAUCCUCAAUGAUAAAUAUCACCAAUGCUUGGUGAGGUCGCAAGAAUUGGCAUCGCUCGGUCUUCCCGGACAAGAUCCAGCGAUGGCAGUGAUUUCUGCUGAGAGGAUAAUGUACAAACAUGCUAUUGAACUUUGUCAGACGGCCGCACUGGACGAGUUAUUUGGAAAUCCACAAUUAUGUAGUCAAAGGUAUCAAACCGCGUACAUGAUGCUUCACACGUUAUCCGAACAAGUACACAGCGAUCAGGACCGUAAUGUGUUGGCUCGCUACAAGAACGCUGUUGAAAAACGACUUCGCAUAUUAGAACGACAAGGAUUUGUCACAGCUGUGAAUACGUGCUAG